UAGGCUAUAAAAAAACAGCUAGCCACAAGCACCAUAUGCAAGAAGAGGGAGGGAGAGAGAGAUGGGUUCCCAAAGGUCAACAGAGAAGCCAAGCCCUCCUCAUGCAGUGUGUAUUCCUUUCCCAGCACAAGGCCACAUAAACCCAAUGCUAAAAUUAGCAAAGCUACUCAACCACAAGGGCUUCCACAUCACCUUCAUCAACACCGAAUUCAACCACCGUCGCCUCCUCAAAUCCCGGGGCCCCAACUCCCUCGCCGGCACCCCCUCCUUCCGCUUUGAAACCAUCCCCGAUGGCCUCCCUCCCACCGACAACGCCCCUGACGCCACCCAAGAUGUCCCCUCCCUCUGUGACUCCACCAGAAAGAACUGCUUAGUUCCUUUCAGAGACCUAAUUGCUAAAAUCAACCACACGGCUUCCUCGAAAGUGCCUCCGGUGAGUUGCAUAGUUUCUGAUGGAAUCAUGAGCUUCACUGUGUUGGUUGCUCAAGAAUUGGGAAUCCCAGAUGUUCUUUUCUGGACGACAAGUGCUUGUGGCUUCAUGGGUUAUGUACAAUAUCGUCAACUGAUUGAAAAAGAUCUUACACCACUCAAAGAUGAGAGUUAUUUAACAAAUGGACAUUUAGAUACAAUUAUAGAUUGGAUACCAGGCAUGAAUGCUUUGCGUUUGAAGGACAUCCCAAGCUUCAUAAGAACCACUGACCCCAAUGAUAUUAUGGUUGAUUUUGCAAUGGGUGAAGUUGAGAGAGCUCACAAAGCUUCAGCCAUCAUAUUAAAUACAUUUGAUGCCCUGGAGCAUGAUGUUGUUGAUGCACUAUCAACCAUAUAUCCCCCAAUAUACACAAUUGGUCCUCUUCAGUUCCUCCUCCAACAAAUCCCAGAAAAUUACUUGGAAUCUAUUGGAUCAAAUCUAUGGAAAGAAGAGCAUGAGUGUCUUCCAUGGUUGGACUCGAAAGAACCUAACUCUGUUGUUUAUGUCAACUUUGGCAGUGUCACUGUCAUGACACCCCAACAACUGAUUGAGUUUGCUUGGGGACUUGCUAAUAGCAAGCAAACAUUCUUAAGAGCAUCUCCAAUGAAUGCCACGUCAACAACAAAGAUGGAGGGAAAUGAUCCUAAUGAUUGAAUACAUUUUGC